AUGAUGCACGCCGACUACCCAAAUGUGAAGGGCUGGUUUCUGCUCGGACAGGGCGCUGCGCUUAAGAAGACAGCGCUGCCGCCCGCAUCUGCACGGUCAACGGUCGCCAUCGCGGUGCCGCUCCACCCACCGGCGUUUGCCUGGGGAUGCGGGCUCCUCCACUCGGCAGCGACUCACGGCCGCCGCUACCUGGUCGUGCCUAUCUUUUCGAGCAGGCUCGAGAUGAUGCGCUGGGAACGACGCCACGCCUUCCAUCGCGCGACCGCCCUCCUUCUCUCCAUCCCGGCAAGGGCGGUGAAAAAUCUGGCGGCGGCCAUGAAGCUGGCCGCCGUGCACCGCAUCUUUGCGGAUGCGGCAUUCGUCACGCACGUUCUUGCCGUCGACGCAGACUCUGCGGUGACUGGCUCUGCCCUCGAGCCUGCCAUUGCCGCAUGGGAGAGGCGCGGGACAGUCGCAAUCUGGCGGCAGUGCCCGGCCGGCACCACAGGCGGCGGGAGCAGGGCCGAAGCGCAGCCGGACCCAGGAUCGAAGCUCGGCAAGGGUGGCGGCUGCAACGCGUUGGAGGCCCAGGUCACUCACGCCUCCUGCGCCGCCGUCGGUCUCGCGGCGCAUGCUGGGUCCGCCCACCUCACUGACGCGCCCGUGUACGCCCGGCGGCACUUCCUGUCCUUUUGGGCGCGGCUGAGAUGGGGGAAGGUUCGCGGGCGGGCGGACGUCAACCUUGCCUAUCUCUGCUACCUGCACCACGAGGCGAACUGGACGCUCGCGCCAAUAGCGGUCAACCCAGAAACACACGCGGGUUGCGGGCACCCGCUGGUGCACACGGUCUGGUCACGGCCAGCGUGCCGGCGCAUUUCGCUUCGCUUCGGCCUCGACCAACGCCGCAUCCACUCCGGGGCAAACGGGAGCGAUCUGCGCGCCCACUCAGAGCCGGCAGCCCCGCCACAAUGCUUUGCGCAAGUCCAGGCACCGAGCUAUCUCAAGCUGCAGGACAUCAGGUAG